GGGCAAACAUCAAACAGGGGUUUUAACAUAAGACCUGUUCUGCUUCACAGCCUCCACACCGAACUCUCGUAUCAAGAGCAGCAGCAAAGAUGGUCCAACGUUUGACAUACCGCAAGCGCCACAGCUAUGCCACCAAAUCCAACCAGCACAGAGUUGUCAAAACUCCUGGUGGGAGAUUGGUGUAUCAGACCACCAAGAAGAGAGCUAGUGGACCUAAAUGCCCUGUUACUGGCAAGAGAAUUCAAGGGAUUCCUCAUUUAAGGCCUGCUGAAUACAAGAGAUCAAGAUUGUCGAGGAACCGAAGGACUGUUAACCGUGCCUAUGGUGGCGUGUUAUCUGGCGGGGCUGUAAGAGAGAGGAUCAUUCGAGCUUUCUUAGUUGAGGAACAAAAGAUUGUCAAGAAGGUUUUGAAGAUUCAGAAGUUAAAAGAGAAGGUGUCGGCAAAGAGCUAAGUGGGUGAACAGCCUAAUCUUUGAGUGUUGAUGUCCUUGAGAAUUUUGUCUUGAACAGUUGUCCACAAGUUGUGUUAUUUUGUUAUUGUUAUCUGACAAUUAUGUGGAAUUUAAUGAGCAAUUCUUUUUUAAAAGUUUGAAA